UCCCGCGGGAGAUUUCGCGUGCAGUUACUUCCGGUAGCUGGUAAAGGCUGGUACUUCCCAGGACGCGGAGGUAGCGGGCCAGGGCUAAAGCGACUUUCGCUACUUGGAUUGGUCGGCGUAGCUUUGGGCGGCCGGACCUUAGAAAGUCACACAUCUGCGCGCCUGUGUGGCCCCAGCUUCUGCGGAUGCUGAGGCACGUAAAAUAAUUUGAAGAAGGGAAUUUCGCGGCAUUCUUUGCCUGGCUUCCUGGUGUAGCCAGCAAGCUCGGAGGUGCUAACCGCUGCUGUCAUGGUUCGUUUGCUAAACUGCAUCGUCGCUGUGUCCCAAAACAUGGGCAUCGGCAAGAACGGGGACCUGCCCUGGCCGCCGCUCAGGAAUGAAUUCAGGACUAAAUUUGCAGAUCCAGUGCCAAAUACUCUACGGAGGCAGUUUAACGAGGACUUCCUGUUACCGACUAGCUCCAAUGAAAAUGAUCUUCCUUUAAAGAAUAGGCGUCUAACAGGCAGAACUGGAUUCUCCAGGUGUGAGGCGGGGGAGAUGAGGAGUAGCCAGGAAAAAGAAAAUAGUGAUAAAGGAAGAGCCAAAAAGGAGGAAAGGGAAGAUGAAAGACCGACUUCAAGAACUAAAGCAGAGAACAAAGGAAAUUGAACUCUCUAGAGACAGUCAUGUAUCAACUACAGAAACAGAGGAACAAGGGGUGUUUCUGCAGCAAGCUGUUAUUUAUG